GUUGCCGUGGCGCGGAGAACUCUGCAAAACAAGAGGCUGAGGAUUGCGUUAGCGAUAAACCAGUUCACACCGGAGCCCAGGGGAGGAAGCUUCUCUGUCUGAUCCGGCCGCUCUGCGGGUCUCUGAGGAAAAGCUCCCAUCAGGCAAGAAUCCCCCUUCAUCUCUUCUGGUUCGUGGGCCUGUCCUUCCCCCUUCCCUCAGAGCCCUCUCUUGUGUCUCGGAGCCGUGACUCCUGGGGUCCGACCUGGCGAGCUGAAUUUGGGGUAGACGGCGGCUGCCACCAUGGGUAAAGGAGACCCCAACAAGCCGAGGGGCAAAAUGUCCUCGUACGCCUUCUUCGUGCAGACCUGCCGCGAGGAGCACAAGAAGAAACACCCGGACUCUUCCGUCAACUUCGCCGAAUUCUCCAAGAAGUGCUCGGAGAGAUGGAAGACCAUGUCUGCAAAGGAGAAGUCGAAGUUUGAAGAUAUGGCAAAAAGUGACAAAGCUCGCUAUGACAGGGAGAUGAAAAAUUACGUUCCUCCCAAAGGUGAUAAGAAAGGAAAGAAAAAAGAUCCCAACGCUCCUAAGAGACCACCAUCUGCCUUCUUCCUGUUUUGCUCUGAACAUCGCCCAAAGAUCAAAAGUGAACACCCAGGCCUGUCCAUUGGGGAUACUGCAAAAAAACUGGGCGAAAUGUGGUCUGAGCAGUCAGCCAAAGAUAAACAGCCAUAUGAACAGAAAGCAGCUAAGCUAAAGGAGAAAUAUGAGAAGGAUAUUGCUGCAUACCGUGCUAAGGGCAAAAGUGAAGCAGGAAAGAAGGGCCCUGGUAGGCCAACAGGCUCAAAGAAGAAGAGUGAACCAGAAGAUGAGGAGGAAGAGGAAGAAGAGGAGGAGGAUGAAGAUGAUGAGGAAGAGGAGGAGGAUGAAGAAUAAGUGGCUGUCCUGUAAUGAUGUGUGUGGAGUGUGUGUGUGCUCAGGCAACUGUUUUGCUAAGAAUGUGAAUUCAAGUGCAGCUCAACAUUAGCUUCAGUAUAAAAACUGUACAGAUUUUUGUAUAGUUGCUAAGAUUCUUUGUAGAGAAAAUACUUUUUUAAAAAUGCAGAUUGUAGCUUUUUGAAGGGCUACUACAUACAGUUAGAUUUUAAAGCUUCUGAUGUUGAAUGUUCCUAAAUAUUUAAUGGUUUCUUUAAUUUCUUGUGUAUGGUAGCACAGCAAACUGAUAGGAAUUAGUAAAUUUUGGGUUUUUUAGGAUGUUGCAUUUUGGUUUUUUUUAAAAAAAAUUUGUAAUAAAAUUA